GAUGUCGGAUCAACUACCCUGUCAAGCUAAUUUGCUUAGCCUGGCCCGAGUUUGAACUCACACUCCGGACUCCGGAGUUGGUCCAUCUGAUGCCUUUCCAGCAAACUUAUUAAAGAGGGCCCGAGAAAGAUGAGCCUCUAAAAAAGUAGCUUUUCUGGUUCUUCUCGUGGCAGUUGCCGUGCAGAGCGGGCGAUCGUGGUGGUGGCUACGGCGGCAGCUUCUGCGAUGGAGGAGACUGGAGAGACGCAGAGACUCAUUAUUUCGGUCUAGAUUAACGAGGACGUGAGGAUAAAGUUUGGCAUUAUCUGAUUUUUCUAUAUUAUUCCUGCUUUGUGCUCCACCACACCACACCCCCUCUAUUUCUCCCUGUACUUUUGUUUUCUCCGAGACGUUGAUUUUCGGUUUUGCGUCACCUUCGUACCGGUCCCUGAUCUCUUCUAGAAUCCCCCGAGAAUUUUGUGACUUCCGACGAGUUUGUCCCACAAUCGGCACAUGAACCCCUCUCUCUUCCUUUACAUUGUGAUACUAUUUUUAUUGUAUUACGUUCUAGAUCUGCGUAGCUUUUGAAAGUUCUCGCCCUUCUUUGAAGAAAUAUGGUUGAUAAAGUGCUUCAGUGUUAGGAUCGGUCUUUCGCAUUUGAAAUCGAAGACAGAUCUCUCGGGUUGCUUGUGAUCAGAAGAGAUAAUUGAUUUCAACAAGUUCUGUAGCAUAUGUGAUUUUGAAGGUUUUGAGUGGAGAUUGCAACUAAUUUUCUCCAUUUGCGAUUCUGAAGUGUAACGAUGGCGUUUAAGGCCAUUAUUGGUAAAGUAACUGGGAGAAGGCACAUGCGACGCCGUGGGCAGUCUCACAUUGCUCCUGAGGCGUCCGCGGCUCCAUCUUCUGAUUUGUUCGAACAGAGUCAGUGGGCAAACAUGCCCCCUGAACUGCUCCUUGAUAUUAUUCACCGAGUAGAAGCCAGCGAGACUUCCUGGCCUGCCAGGAGGGAUGUCCUUGCCUGUGCCUCUGUAUGUAAGUCGUGGAGGGAGAUCACGAAGGAGAUCGUUAAGACUCCUGAGGAAUGUGGGUGUCUCACUUUUCCCAUCUCUCUAAAGCAGCCGGGCCCAAGAGACUCUCCAAUCCAAUGUUUUAUCAAGAGGGAGAGAGCCACUUCCACAUAUCGAUUGUACCUUGGUCUGAGUCCUGCUCUGUCGGGUGAUAUGAGUAAAUUAUUAUUAGCAGCAAGAAAGAUCAGAAGGGGAACAAGCAUAGAGUUUUUGAUAUCAUUGGUUGGAGAUGAUUUUUCUCGAACAAGCAAUACUGUUGUUGGAAAGUUGAAGUCUAAUUUUCUGGGUACAAAAUUCAUCAUUUAUGACAAUCAGCCUCUGCAUGACCCUGCAGUACAAUCCAAUUAUGGGGCACUUUUUAAAGUACACUCAAACCAGGUAUAUCCUAGGGUAUCUGCGAGUAAUUGUAGGGUGGGCACCAUAUCUUAUGAGCUCAACAUUCUUCGUACAAGAGGCCCAAGGAGAAUGCAGUGCACCAUGCAUGCAAUACCCUUUUCUGCAAUUCAAGAAGGAGGCACUGCUCCAACUCCAGUGGAGUUCCCAAAUUGCCAAGCUUUGCAUUUACCUUCCUCACCAGUAUUGGAAGGAAACAAGCAAUUUGUUGGAUUCAGCUCUACAUGCCUCAGUGAGCAACAAGAAUCAGUCCGCCGGACAGAUCCUCUGGUUUUGAAAAACAAAGCCCCUAGAUGGCAUGAGCAACUGCAGUGUUGGUGCUUAAAUUUCAAAGGACGUGUUACAGUGGCUUCUGUGAAGAAUUUCCAGUUGGUUGCAGCCACAGAUUCUUGUGAAAAUGUUCCUGCUGCAGAACAAGAAAAAGUAAUUCUGCAAUUUGGAAAAAUUGGGAAAGAUAUUUUUACCAUGGAUUAUCGAUAUCCCCUCUCCGCUUUCCAAGCCUUUACAAUCUGCUUGAGCAGUUUUGACACUAAACCAGCAUGUGAAUGACUAUUCUUCCUUCUUCCUGGGCAAUGAGGUCUCAUAAACAUUUGGUUGUAUAUAAUCUAUUUCAAGGGAGCAGUUGAUCUUAUGCCUUUUUGAUCAGGGAGUGUCUUUCUUCUGCUGGCACUUUUAGAUGUAAUUGCUGAAACCUGCAUUGUGCAGUGUGUUGGAGAAUCUAUUUAGCUACCAAAAGACAAUUAUGCCACAGAUUUCUUUACUACCUGAUUCCAUGGCUCUGGAAAAAAUGUUUUUAACUGUUUUUCACUUUGCAGUUAAUCAAAGAUGCUUGUAGUUGUAUAUUAUAAAUCUUAUGAACUGAAUCUUGAUAUAUAAUUCAAGAUUACACUGCUUGAGAACAGCUUA